AUGUCGGGGGAUCGCCGGGAAACGCCUCCGGUGACCGGAGGAGGAAACGGAGUGGUGGAGCCGAAUAAAAAAUCAGCUCCAGUGAUUGUGCCGAGUCAGAGGCUGAGACUACACGCUAACAAGGAACACGUGCCAGAAAGCUAUGAAGAUCUGCAGCUGGAUUUCUGUCCUUCGAUAUUUAGCUCGCUGGAGAAAUACAUGCCGCCAAAUAUGCUUAAUGAUAGUAGAGAAGAGAAAGUGAAGUUCAUGAGAGAUAUUUUAUUGAAGUAUUUGCCUCAUGGAGAGCGAACCAGAGCUCAGAAACAUAGAGAAUACAGGCAGAAGAUAAUAUUACAUUAUAAGCCUUUGAAAAGAGAGUUAUACACAAUGCACCCUGUUACUUUCUUCCUCCCCUCCUUCAUGAAAGCAAUCAAUGAUAAUACAGAGGAAAGCCUUAGAAGCAUAAUAUCAGAACCUUCUCCUGGUGUGCUCACAUUUGAGAUGCUUCAGCCACGCUUUUGCGAAUUGCUCGCUGCAGAGGUUGAAAAUUUUGAGGCAUGGGUUAAUGAUACAAAAUUUCGAAUCAUGCGACCAAAUACAAUGAACAAAUUCGGAGCUGUUCUUGAUGAUUUUGGCCUUGAAACAAUGCUUGACAAGCUUAUGGAUGGUUUUAUCCGUCCUAUAUCUAAAGUUUUUUUCCCUGAAGUUGGUGGGGCAACUCUGGAUUCUCAUCAUGGUUUUGUUGUUGAAUAUGGCAAAGAUUGGGAUGUUGAUUUGGGCUUUCACGUGGAUGACUCUGAAGUAACUUUGAAUGUUUGCUUGGGUAAGCAAUUUUCUGGGGGAGAAUUGUUUUUCCGGGGCACACGAUGUGAUAAACAUGUAAAUACAGGGAGUCAGCCAGAGGAAAUAUUUGAUUAUUCUCAUGUUCCUGGCCGAGCUGUCCUUCAUCAUGGUCGUCAUAGGCAUGGUGCCAGGGCCACAACAUCUGGUCAUAGGAUCAAUUUACUCCUGUGGUGCAGAAGUUCGGUCUUCAGAGAGAUGAAGAAAUAUCAAAAAGAUUUUUCGAAUUGGUGUGGAGAGUGCUCAAGGGAGAAGAAAGAAAGGCAACGAGCAUCCAUUGCUGCUACUAAAUCGGAAUUGCUGAGGAAUGAUGGCGAAGCUGUAGCAUGA